CAUUGGAAUCCUUCUCAUUGUGUUGGAGUUUGAUAGGAGAUAAACUCGAACUUGUCCAAGUCGUCUUUUUUCAUUCUUCGUAUAUGUCAAACGUAUAUCUGCAGUUUUUCGAGUGUUAAAAGGCACCAGUAAGAUGCAAAAGGAAAGGUUUGUUUACUCAUAGAAAAAGCAAGUUAGUCGCGUAGUACUAGUCGUCAGGACUAGGAGGUACGAUUAAAGAACAACAACAACAAGCAGUUGGAGUACACACUCUUUUAUAUCUUCCCGCAGGAGAUAAUUUGUCAGAAGGUUUAUCCACUAGUUACUUUAAAUUGGCAAUGACACUAAGGGCAUGUGGACUUAUUAUAUUCCGACAAGUGUCUCAGCAUCCUCCCCCUGACAACAUUCAGUAUCUUCUCCUUCAGACCUCAUACGGUCACCAUCACUGGACUCCACCAAAAGGGCAUGUUGACCCAGGGGAGGAUGACAUGACCACUGCCCUUCGAGAGACCGAAGAAGAGGCAGGUCUUUUAGCAGGGCAACUUCGAAUCAUUGACAGCUUCCUGAGGGAGUUGCACUACAAGGUGCAGGGGAAGAGCAAAGAGGUUCUGUACUGGCUGGCUGAGCUCAGGGACCCAGAAACUCAAGUUACCUUGUCAAAAGAGCACCAGGACUACCGCUGGGCUGGGCUGGAAGAAGCCUGUGCACUGGCUCAGUAUAAAGAAAUGCAGAACACACUUCGAGAUGCACACCACUUUCUGACAGCAGGAGGAAGUAAACUGGGUGGGAGAUGCCACUCAGGAUUAGUAGAUGUUUCCUAAAUAAACAAAUAGAUAAAGAUGGAAAAUUUAGCUGGAUAUAAAUGUAAAAACAAAACUAACUUGUCAUCGAUUUGGGAAGAAAGAGGUCUUCAGAAAACUGAGUAAUUAUGAUGAUAUUCAAUCAAUCAGUGAUUCUAUCAUAGUAAAGAAGUGUGCAAAAAGUAUGCUAUAGAAUAUGAUUAAUUUCCUUAACUACAUCAUAGCUGCCAACCAUUCCAAUUUUCUCUGAAUUUUUUCAGAUUUUCAACACUGGGUAAGAAACUUAAGAUUUUUGUUGCUGAAUUCCGUUUUCCAAAAUAAUAAAAAUAUAAAAAAAUCACCACACAUACCACCACCUCCCAUACACUUGUCUCCGAUCCGUCUUUUUUAACCAACCAUUUCUGUGGACACUUGCUUCUGGGCAUAAGCAUCAUACUUGCACGACACGAUCGUUUUGUAAAACCGAUUACAGCUCUGGUUCCUGCAUGAGCAUUACGAACUUCUGUCACCAUGUCUAGUAAACCUGCUCAAAAAAACAGUUUUGCAGAAGUUUUCGGUGAAAUACAAAGAUCAGUUGGCAUUUAUAGAUGUUUCUAGGCAAGAACAACAUUUUGCAUUUUGCAAAACAUGCAGAUUUGACGUGAGCAUUGCACAUGGUGGAAAACAUUACGUAACUUCAUAUGAAAAAAACUAUCAGGCACUUGCAGAACGUGGCUGUAGGAAACCGCAAAAAACUACACUGCAUAUUUAUUUUUUUAAGGAAAACGUAAUCAAAGGAGAAGUAUGUACAACUGAUUAAUUUGAUUAUACAGUUUUGGUUACAUUGAAGCUUGUCACUCAAUUUAGCACUAUAAAAUUCAAUUGAAUUGCAUUUUAUACAGGGAUUGGAAUCAUCCAGGUUUUUUUUAUUUUAAGUGGGCAUUUAUCAACAAAGUACAGAAGUUUGGCACCCUGUCCUUCGACAAACUUGCCCAUGCCAUCUUGGGAAUCCUUCCACUGCUGCACAGCAAUGCUGCAUGUGAAAGAAUUUUCAGGCAGAUUAGCAAGAAUAGAACAGAUUUCCAUGGAUCGCUCAGUAGUGA